AUGGCCAAAUCCGCCCGACGAGGCCCCAAGGCCAAGGGCUCUACGACAACAUCCUCCUCCUCGGGGUCCGGCACAUCGACACCAGCCUCUCAAUCCGCGGCGAUGCCUCUGCCUCCGUUCACCAAAGCCCCGUCCACCCUCCUGCCCCUCCUCUCCCCGCUCUCUCCGCGCGAGAUCUACCUCAUCCACAUCGACACCACGCCGAUCAGCCAGAAGAAGCAGGCCUUCGUCGUGCCCGUGCUUAUGAACCUCGCCAUCGUCGGCCUGCUCGCCUAUCGGGUCUACUCCGUGCGCCACAUCUACCCGGCGAUGUUCGCCUCGCUGGUCGGCCUGACCACUGCCCUCUCCGUCGACACCGCCACCCUCAGCUGGGGCGAUCUCUCCGGCCUCCUGCUGGGCCGGUUCUUCACCGUCCUGCUCGACUACUUCCUCGUCACCGUGCUCCUGCCCUGGCCGAUCCGGUUCGUCUUCGGCCCCGUCCAGUGGCGCCGCCGCGUCGGGUUCCGCGACCGGGAGAUUAUCGUCCGCCGGAGCCAGUCCGGGCUGACCCAGGACCUGAAGCGCGACCGCUGGAUCCGCGAGGACGAGGAGACGCGCGACCGGAUCGUCACGGCCGUGACGCCGGAGAAGGUCCGGAAGACGGGCUACCUGCUCGUGGACAAGGACUGGGAUCUGGACUAUGAGGCGAUGAUUGUGGCGCAUGAGAUGGUCGACGGAGGUCAUGGCUCCCCGGACAACAAAGAACAGGCCGUCAAGCUGGAAGAGUUCCGGACGGCGGUGGUGGUGAACACGGACGCUCACGGGUGGUUGGUCUGGCGGGUCGAUGUUGAGAAUCAGAGCUCCGUUCCGGAUGCAGAUUCUUCUGCCUCGUCGUCGUCGUCGAAGAAGGAUCAGAAAGGCAAAGGGAAGCAAGAGACCAGCGAUGACGCGGUCCGAUCUGCCCAGCGCGAUCAGAUCAUCGAGUUCCAGCAGAAGUUGACCGCCAUGGGCAAGGAGGACCUGUUCUACCGGUGGGUCGAGCUGAUUCAGUACGAGAGCACUCAACCCGGUGGGUUCACGCCCGAAAGGCAGGUGUCGGCCAUGAAGCAGGUCAAGCAGCUUUUCGAGGAGAAUGAUGUGGAUUUCGACAAGUUUUGGGAGGACGUGGGUGGGAUGGAGGAGUUCACGGAACAGCUAGAUUAG